AGGAAAAAGAGGCUAAGAUAGCUCAUCCAUUUCAUAUCUCCUAACUCUUGAGAUUAAUUUUCAAAUGCAUCUAAAUCCUUACGCAUAAUUCUUAUUACGUUUCGUCUAAAUAAACCCCUCAAUGCCCCCGCCGGAUAAACCUCCCCGCCGUUUCUCGUUCUUCGGCAUCACUGCAGGUCUCGGAGGAGGUGGCCGGGGAGGAAGAAGCAAAGGAAACGCCGCCGAUCUGCCACUGCCGCGGCUGAAGCUGGAAGUGGACAGGGAAGUGUACAGACCCGGCGAUCCGGUGACCAUUACGGUCGAAAUCACCAACCCCACUUCUUCGUGCUCACUUCUGAUCGAGAAGCUAGGUUUUGAAAUCAAAGGGAUCGAGAAAUUGGAUACUCAGUGGUUCUCCACUGCCAAACCUUCUCUGGAUUCUAAGCAGCGCAGGGGUGAGUUUGUUUUCAUGGAUUACUUGACUCCUGCAUUAGUAUCAAACAAAAUUGUUACCUAUGGGGCAACCAAAAAAUUCGUAGUGCGAAGUGUUCUGCCUGGCAUCAUACCACCAUCAUAUAGAGGUGCAACCAUCCGUUAUCUGUACUAUGUUAGAAUCACAUUGCGUGGACAAUAUUUAAUCGUAGAGAAUGGACAUUUCCGUGAAGAGUCAAUUAGAGAUCUUCCCGAGCUGGAAACUCGAAUACCAUUGCAAAUAUGGGUGACUCAGAAUGGUAAUGGCUUGCAAAACGAGGAAGGUGAAACUGAUGGAAUUGUUCCUACUACAACAAUCAUGUUGGAUGUUUACUGGAAAGAGAUGGAUGGCGAUUCUGAAUGGGCCAGAGUUAAUGAAACAUUUGAUGGUAUCGAAGACGAUUCUGAAAGCGCGAGGGAUGAAGUUUCAUCUAUUUCUUCAUACAGUACCAUGAAAGAAAAUAUACACACAACUUUUGGAAGCUCAUUGUCUUUGCAGUCUGCUGCAGCAAGAUCUUCACGUAAAGAUCUUUCAUUGCUUGAAGGGCACACUACAAGCAUAUCUCCUCAUGUGGAACUUCCACAAAUAUCUGUAGCUGAGAUUUCAUUUGAUUCAAGUGUUGAUGUUUUGUCUCCAAGUAAGUAUGAAGUCUCUCCAAGCCAAUGCCUGGAACAAACAAAAUCAUUUUCUCGAGAUGAUGAAUCAACAAUACCUUCUGUUUCUCGGGCUGGUGAUUCUGGAGCAUCAGAAGGGUUUAUUAGAGGAAGAUCUUAUAACAUCAGACUUGAUGAUCAAGUUCUUUUAAGAUUUUCUCCAAAAAACUCUGAGUCAACGUACUAUUUUAGUGAUAUGAUUGGUGGAACCUUUACUUUCUUUCAUGAAGAAGGAACCAGAAGAUGCCUCGAGCUCUCUAUAACACUGGAGAUGACAGAGACUAUAAGCAGACGUUUUAUUCAUCCCUCAAGAAGACAUGCACCCUCCACUGCUAAGGUUCAUAGUGAUCAUUAUGAAGUCGUAGCAGAUUUGGUGCAGACAAGCUUUCUGUUUUCCAUUCCUAUCGAUGGGCCCAUGUCUUUUUCAACUCGCUACGCCUCUGUGCAGUGGGCUCUUCGAUUUGAAUUCUUUACCAGUCCCAAGAAUGUGGACUGGACCAGGUAUGAGCAUCCACUUUUGAUAGAAGAAAGAGAGAAAUGUGAGUGGGUUCUUCCAAUAACUGUGCAUGCACCACCGGUUAGCGCUGCAGCAGCUCAGGUCCAAAACGACAAGUCCUUCUCUUUGGAGGAAGCCCCCUUGUGGAUACACACUUGAUACGGUGAAAUGAAAUUGCAGUGCACAUCAUCAGGUCUAUCAUCCCGAUUGCUUUGAGGAUUUUUUCCCUGUGAAAAAGUGGAGCCAAAUGCUGGCUCGUUCAUGUUGUGGUUCCUUUCUGAGAUGCAAUGAAGCGCAUUCAUCUUCGAUUUCAACGAGUGGAAUCCUUUUUUUAAUGGAAUGCAUUUGAUGCUUCUCUUUUAUUGUAGUGUUCAUGUAAUGUAGUGAGAGAUUUUCUUCUUCUUGUCCUUUUAUCUACAAAUUAUAUUUAACUUUGGAAAUGACCUACAUUCAUGACAUUUUUGUAUGUCCUUGAGUGACAUUUUCAUUAUUAUUCUGAAUAAUACUCACUUCAUUUA